AUGGAGAGACCUCGACACAUUGAAGACUUGGCAGACGAGUUGAUCAGUGAUAUACUUUCAUACCUUCUGGGGUCAGAGUAUCUGUCUCCCGAACCCUCCCCGACAAGUCCGCAGGGCUCGUCUCGCGACUCCGACAAUGGCACGACUCAUGCUUUCGGCGAAAAGUCCGAGUUGGAUCGUUUCAGACUUCCUGUCAUGUCAGAUAUUUCACGUACAUGGUGCGACCCUUCUACCAAGGAAGCGGUACCGUCUCUGAAGACCCGCCCGGCAUGUUGCGAGCCUGAAGCUGACGAUCAUAUAGGUUGGUCCCACAUCCUGGAUGGGGUCGAUGUAGAUAACCUUCCCGUUUCGUCCAUCCACCGGCGUCGGCUCGAUGACCAAAAAUACAUACUCGAUUCAAACCUUGAUCUACGUUUGCUGCGACGCGCGAUAGCAGCAUUCUCAUCUCUACAACAAGUCAAGCUCCUCCGAUUGCAAGAUGAAGCAGACGAACAAUUGCUAGACCACAUACGCGAGCGCUCAUUGGGAAGAACAACGCGUCUAGAUUGGGAACCCGCCUGCACCAGAGCUAUCACCAGCUUGAGCAUCUCUUUACUCGAAUCAAAUUGUAACUCGGUGAGAUUUGUCGGGCCGCAGAUCAGCCCGGAAGCAACCGUGCGAUUGCUGCAAGCCCCAUCCACCAGUCUUUCCGCACUGGGCGCACGACUGGCGAGCUUAGAUGUUACUUUCCACUCCGCAGCCAAGCUAUCCACAUACAUGGAGACGCUGUCCAACGUCUUCCACGACUUCUUCCUGGCUGCCAAGAAUCUCACAACCAUUCAUUUAGGCUUCCCGACCAAUGCGCCACUGGACCUCGCGUUAGAGCAAAUCUUCCACCACGUCCAGUGGAAGAGACUCCGAACCCUCAGCAUCCAAGGCUGGCGCCUCGGCUCGGAAGAAAUCAUCGCCUUCAUCCGUCGGCACAGGCGCCAGCUACGCAACGUCCGAUUAGCCAGCGUCUAUCUCCGCCCCGGUGGACGAUGGCGCGAAGUUCUCACCGUCUUACACGACGAAAUGGACCUCCUUGAACGCAUAGACCUGCGCGGAAUCGAUUACACCAGUAACUUCGACGCCAACAUCAACACCAAUGCCCAUCACAACGCUGACGCUGCCGGACCCGGUACCGGCAGUUCUCAAACGCCGACACUUGCUAUCGUCGUACAACCCACGCCCGACAUGGCCCCGCACAAGGCCUUCCUCAACAUGGACUACUACUCGAACAGUGGCCCUCCAGGUAAAACUCGUCGCUCCUUUUCCGAAACCACUCUCGAACAGCUGCGCGGACAUACAUCCGACGUGUUAGGAGACAACGGAGAGAGCCGUCGUAUCUGCAAUAUCACCGACAGAUCUGAUGGAAAGAAUAUUUAA